UAUUUCAAGCAUUUCUGAGUCGUGGUUGUGAGAUUUGAAUACAUUCCCAUGGCUAGUCACAAAGUUCUUAGUAUUGCUUUCUUUGUGCUGUUAGGUUUGGGCAUAUGUUCUGCAACUAGGGCCCUACUCACUCUUGAAGGAGGUGUUGGCUACACUCAGGGGUCAGGCGGUACUGUCGGCUAUGGCGCAGGCCACGGCAAUGGCGGUGGAAGUGGUGGAGGGUAUGGGGGUGGUGGUGCUGGGGGCUAUGGUGGUGGUGGAGGCUCUGGCAGUGGCGGAGGCGGUGGCUAUGGAGCUGUAGGUGAGCAUGGUGUUGCUGCCUAUGGAGGUGGUGCUGGUGGAGGUAGUGGGGGUGGUGCCGGAUAUGGAGCUGGAGGAGAACAUGGUGCUGGAUCCGGUGGCGGUGGUGGAGGCGGUAGUGGUGGUGGUGGUGGGGCUGGUGGAGGAGCAGCUGGGGGUGGUGCAGGAGGUGGUUCGGGAAGUGGUUCGGGAUAUGGUGGUGGAGGAGAACAUGGCGGUGGAUCCGGAGGUGGAGGCGGUGGUGGUAGUGGUGGUGGCGGAGGGUACGGUGCAGGGGGAGAGCAUGGCGGUGGUUAUGGCGGAGGUGAAGGAGCUGGCAGCGGUGGUGGUUAUGGUGCUGGUGGGGAACAUGGAGGUGGAUAUGGUGGGGGAGGAGGAAGUGGUGGUGGUGGUGGAGCGGGUUAUGCUGCGGGAGGAGCAGGUGGAAGUGGAUAUGGCAGUGGUGGAGGUGCCGGCGGUGGUGCAGGAGGAGAGCACGGUGGUGGAUAUGGCGGUGGCAGUGGUGGUGGCGGUGGCGCUGGUGGUGGUGGUGCUCAUGGUGGCUAUGCUCCUUGAAAAUACCCUUUCACUCUAUUUCACUAUGAAAAAAGAAAAAUAAAAAUUGUUUGGAUAAGAGGAUGUUUUCAGUAUCAUAUGGACAUGCACUGAAAGCUCCUAAAAGUUGUGUCAAAUGAUAACCUACGUGCAUUGUUCUUUUCAUAAUUAAAUUGAAGUUCGAAGCAUAUUAUAUUUGUAAGAAAAGUUCUAUAUAUAUAAUAUAUAUAUAUAUAUAUAAACCUAAUAUAUUAUUGAGUUUGUUUCCACUUAAA